UUCUCGGCCUUUUGGCUAAGAUCAAGUGUAGUAUCUGUUCUUAUCAGUUUAAUAUCUGAUAUGUGGGCCAUGUGCCCACUUCGAUAUUAAAUUUAUUUUUUGUGGGGGAGGGCCCACUACAGUGGCUUGCCACUGGGGUCCUCGCGUGUCGCCCAGGCGUUGCACUACAGCCUGGGCCUGGCGCACCCCAACCAAAUCAAAUUUAGAAUUUUAAUCCUGUAAUUGAAAAUUUGGUAAAAUACUCCGUAAUGACUCUAAUCCAAAAUUAAAGCCGUUCAAGUUUAUCGGAAUGCCCGAACCAAAUCAAAUUUAAAAUUUUAAUCAUGUAAUUGAAAAUUUGGUAAAAUACUCCGUAAUGACUCUAAUCCAUAAUUAAAACCGUUCAAGUUUCUCGGAAUGCCCAAACCUGAUCAUCUAGGGCUUGGCAUCACUGUGCUUUUAUCAGAAAACUUGCAGCCAGUAUAUAGUACGACGUGAAAAAUAAUUCUAUUCCCUUGUUUAUUUUCCUUCUAUUUAUUUUUAAUUAAUUAUUACAUCGGAGUGAAGUUCUGUAUUUUUAAAAGUAAAAAAUAAUUACAUCAGUAAUAGAUAAAGUGAAAAAAAAUUGUUUUCAAGUUCUGUAUUUUUAAAAGUAAAAAAAAAUUACAUUAGUAAUAGAUAAAGUGAAAAAUAAAUUAUUUUGAUAAGGAGGAAGUAGAAAUGAAGAUGUUAAUGACCAACCAUUCUUCAACCCAAAUAUACAUUAUUUAAUAUUUACAAGAGAUGCUAAAAUUAUUUAUAUAUUUUAAAAUGGAGGGAACACAAUAUUACAACGGAAUUAUGGCGGCACUUAAAUCUUCUGUGUGUCAAUUACUAAAAAAAGUAUGUUCAAAUUAAUAUUAACUCAAAUUUCAAGGAAUUCAAACAAAAUGGAGACAAAAUGCUGUCGUAUUCCGAAGUUCAUGUUCCCUUGGGCCGUGGCCCGUGGCCGCCACCCGAGAGCAUCACACUGAACAAGUACCACUCCCACUGCCGGCGCUGCCCCCACCGGCGGCGGCAGCGGCGGCGGCGGAGGCCAUGGCUGAGCUGCGGCAUUCGACGGUGGCGGCGGCCGCGGCCCGCUCCUCCAACUCCCCCGCGAAGCGCGACUCCGACGCCUCUGCCGCCUCCUCCCCCUUCGCCUCCACCUCAUCCGCGCGCGGCCGCGGCGGCGGCGACGACGACGACGGCAAGGAUGCGCACCGCUCCUCCCCUCUCCUCCCUCAUCACCACAAGCGCCUCGGCUUGCCCUCUCCCCUCCGCUCGCUCCUCGCCCUCGAGGACCCCAGGUCCCCCUCCGCGUCCUCCUCCUACCGGAUCUUGUUCGCCCUCCUCGCGUUCCUCCUCCUCGCCGCCACCUUCUCCGCGACCUCCGUUUGGUCCCGCCUCAAUGCGCCCUACUUGUGCCAGAAGGAUGGGAUCACGCUGCACUGCCCUGAGACGAAGGAAGCCCCCUCCCUAUGGGAGAAUCCACGUGCUGCUACCACGUCCUGGAAACCCUGUGCAGAGCGCCGCAGCAAUGAACCAUCAGAUGUCCCACCUGAGAAUGAAACCUCUGGAUAUAUUUUUAUUCAUGCUGAGGGUGGACUGAACCAACAGCGUAUAGCUAUAUGUAACGCUGUUGCAAUUGCUAAGAUAAUGAAGGCAACGCUUAUUUUGCCAGUUCUAAAGCAGGAUCAAAUAUGGAAAGACCAGACGAAGUUUGAAGAUAUCUUUGACGUGGAUCAUUUUAUAAACUAUUUGAAGGAUGAUGUGCGCAUUGUCCGAGACAUUCCUGACUGGUUUACAGAAAAAGAUGAGCUCUUUACUAGUAUAAAGCGUACUGUGAAGAACAUCCCAAAGUAUGCAUCUGCUCAGUUUUACAUUGAUAAUGUACUCCCGAGGAUCAAAGAGAAAAAGAUAAUGUCUAUUAAGCCAUUUGUCGACAGGUUGGGGUACGAUAAUGUCCCAAUGGAGAUUAACCGGCUACGAUGCAGAGUUAAUUAUCAUGCACUAAAGUUCCUGCCUGACAUUGAAGAAAUGGCUGAUAAGCUGGCAGCAAGGAUGAGGAACCGAACUGGCAGUGUAAAUCCGUACAUGGCUCUUCAUCUGAGAUUUGAGAAAGGAAUGGUAGGCCUGUCCUUUUGUGAUUUUGCUGGGACGCGGGAGGAGAAAGAGAUGAUGGCUGCUUAUAGGCAGAAAGAAUGGCCAAGGCGCUAUAAGAAUGGGUCUCACCUGUGGCCAUUAGCUCUGCAAAAGAGAAAAGAAGGCCGUUGCCCUCUUGAGCCUGGCGAGAUCGCUAUCAUCCUCCGGGCACUGGGUUACACAAGAGGAACACAGAUAUACGUUGCGUCAGGGCAAGUGUAUGGCGGCAAAAACAGGAUGGCUCCCCUCCGAAACAUGUUCCCAAAUUUGGUGACCAAGGAGGAGCUCGCCAGCGCGGCGGAGAUGGCGCCGUUCCGGAAGCACGUGACGAGCCUGGCGGCGCUGGACUUCCUGGUGUGCCUGAGGUCGGACGCGUUCGUCAUGACCCACGGCGGCAACUUCGCCAAGCUCAUCAUGGGGGCCCGCCGCUACGGGGGCCGCCACCGGCUCAAGUCCAUCAAGCCCGACAAGGGCCUCAUGUCCAAGUCCCUCGGCGACCCACACAUGGGCUGGGCCGCCUUCUCCGACGACGUCGUCAUCACCCACCAGACCAGGGCCGGGCUGCCCGAGCCCACUUUCCCCAACUACGACCUCUGGGAGAAUCCUCUCACUCCCUGCAUGUGUCCUACAGCCUGAACCCCCCUGAUGAAUCUUCAGGCUUGAAAGUUCAAUUAUACAGUUAGGAUCACUGGCAGUAUAGUGCUAGAACAUUUUAUGUUCUUGUUUUUUCGUUUUCGUUUUUUUUUUUGCUCACGUAGUCCUAUUACUAGCAGGAUUUACCACCUCGAUUGGUCAGCGAAAUUCGAGCCCCAGCGAAGCGUACUCUUUUGCUAAUUUUGAACAAACUUUAACAUAUUUCGAAUGAAUUAUGACCUGAGAUGAACGUUUUGAGCCA